AACCUGGGUCAUACUGUGAUUCUGUGGGUGCUGCUCACCCCGUGCUUUGCUCCUGUUUUGUCCUUGUUGAGAGCAUCUCAGCAUCGUUUGGGUAGCGUAGCAUGGCUGGGAUGAUUAACUUCGAGCUAAUGGGGGGGUGCUGUUGGUGCCAUCCAGCUGUCUGACCUCUUCUUGUUCCAAACGCAAUGUUCUUGUUGCUCUUCUUCAGUUGAUUUCAGUUGGCUGUGUGGAAGUGUAGGGAGGCAUCAAGAUGGCAGCUCCAUUGCAGGUGGUUCCCAAAGCCAUCAGCGCUGCCAGUCCAAAGGCUUGGUCCUCUGUUCUCACAGUCUGUAAGUACACAUGGAUCUGAUUGAAGAACAGCUAAAUGUUCUUGCCCGUGUCUUGCAGCCUGUGAAGGAACUGAGGAUGGAUAACUUUUGAGCGGUGCUCAGCGUAGUCUUGCAACAAGUGAAGUCCUCUUUGUCAUUUCUCAUUGAAAGCUUUGAGAUAGAAAUAAGGUUGUUGCUGCUAAUUUGAAUCUAUACGGAGCAGUCCAUAGGCCGCUAAAUGUCUCUGAGCUGUCGCGUUCCUUAUUUCCAACGAUGAAGAACUUUUCCCAUUCUCUAGCCUAGGAAAAGGGAAGAACAUCAACUAGUUUUCCAUCCCUGUAUGCAACAAGAGUUUUGUUUUCUGAAUUUAUUGCUGAGAACACAAAAUUUGCAUUGAAACUCAUUGUUGCCAAACCAAGCAGUUGACCUUCCAGGGUGUAACUAGAGCAGUUGCACAGAUGUUUGGCUACUCUGCAGCUAUGAGAAUGAACUUUAGCACUGUUUUGUCUUAAAGACAUGGCUUUCACCAUGUUCUUGCUUACAAGCAGAGUCAAAGAAUCUUGCGGGGUUGCUCACGGGUCUCACACAUCUCUGGAGGAUCAAGAUAUUGUCUGUCUGCAAGAUGUUCAAAGAGAAGUUGCUGGAUGGAGGACGGUAACUUAAGAAGCAUUAAAUAAAACUUCAUUUCAAGUUAACAGACGUAAAGAAGAACUUUCAGACCACGAUGACAGUCAAGAGUUGGAACUGGUUGCUCACAGAGGUUAUGUGGUGUCUGUCCUGGGAUUGCCAUUGCCAUUACUUUGGUAUGCUCAAUUUAUCUGACAAGUUACCCAGUAUUGCCCAGUGGAAAAAAGAAGCUUAGUUCCUCCUUCUUCAUAGGAGUGUCAUCUGUCAGCUAAGAUAAAGCCAAAAAUUAUCAUAAAUUUAGUAUUAUUUUCAUUGGUCUCAAGAAAAACUGUUUUUGUGUUGGUUGAGUAAUCACCUAUUGGUAGUAAGUCUGGAAGUUUCCAUCAAUUAUUGCUCCAUAUGUAUCUCCACAUUAUGGAAAACUUCUAUGUGGCGUUUUUUGGCAGAAUUGUGGAAGUUCUUAUGGCUAAAUCUAUCCAGAAUUAGAACUGAUGUAUUUUCUAAUGAAAAUAUAUCAACGUAUCCAACUUUUCAUGCUUACUAAUAUCGGGAUUAGCAUAACAGACACUUGUAUUUUCUUUAUUUAGUUAGUUAAAAUAUUUCCGUCACUUCAGCUUGAAUUUGUAGGUAACGCUGCGUUGAGCAGUUCACAUUAUGAAUAGAGGGAUCAUUUAUUUACAAUACUCAAUCAACCCAUUGAGCUGGACAGAAGGGUUUGAGGUGUGCAAUACCAGUGCUGAAAUUGGAUGCUUGUUCUCUUGGGAAUUAGUUUGGUGUGAAUAGGUGGACACCUGGGUGUCUACAUCAGACAAACAGCUGUUUGCACACGUUUAAAUUUUUCAUGAGUUUAUUUAAAAAUUGAAGAUCAUCUCCUUUGGAAAGUUUAAUUUCUAGGUUUUCCAUCAGUGAGUGCCUCUGUUCGGAUGGUUUCCGCCAUCUGUUUUAUAACUGUGUACAUCUGCUUAAAUAGAUAUGCAUUGAAUUUUGAGAGUUGUUUGAAGUUCUAGAAGAGUUUCCAUGUAGAUUAUUGUUGAUUUAAUCAUGCUUCCAUUGAAAGACGUGUUUAGAAUCUCAAUUAAUGCAGUUGCUUACAGCCUGGUUCUUGGUUCUUGGGCUUCUACUGCCUGUGGUCAGAAAGCUCCAGUGUGGCCCAGAAGGUUGUACCAGAGAGCAGGAGCAAGAUGAAAGCAUUCUGGAUGCUCUGGACUAACAAAUAACGCUAAGUUUGAAGAUAAAUCUGAUGCAGUAUUUGAUAUUACAGAAAAAUGUAGUGAAAUCCUGGAUGCAGAAAUGUCUGAGGACACUGUCCACAACUUACCAACUGCCCUUGACAGCGUAACUUAUGAAAUACAGAAUCAAGCAGGAUCUGAAAACUCACUGCUGGAUGAUGAAGAUGAUGAUGAUUAUUUUCUGAACUCUGGGGAUCUGGCAAGCAUACCUGUCGUUGGGAGUGACAACGAAGAUGAUCCAAAUUUCACUCCUAAAGAAACUCUCCCUUCUGAAGACCAUCUGGAAGAGGGCAAGAGGGUUACAGAACACGAGCUGGACAGUGAAAAAGAUAUUCAGAUUGAAAAUGCAAUCCAGAAGGAUCUCGCUUCACCUUUUGAGCAGGGUCCUGUAUUUAAAUCAAUUCGAAAAGAUUUUAGCAUAACAAGAGAUAAUGGCAAAGAGACUUUUUCAACAAAGGACAAGAAUAGAGAAGGAAAUCUUCAAGAACAUGAGAAACGGUUGGAAAAAAUCCCUAAAGAUACGGAUUCUAGGUUGAAAAGCAGUUUUCUUGACAAAGCAGUUCAUAAUCAAGUAGAAGAAACAUUACGGACGCAGUUAGCGCCACAAACUCCAGAAACUAACUUCAGGGAGUCUAGCUACCUAUUUUCUAGUAAGGAAUCUAUUGGACAAGAGCUGGGGAAUUCCUUUGCACCAAAUAUUAGAAUUAAGGAGGAGCCUUUGGAUGACGAAUAUGAUAAAGCUAUGGCCCCACAGCAGGGACUAUUAGACAAAAUUAAAGAUGAACCUGAUAAUUCUGAGGAGUACGGCCAGCAGCCAAAAACUCAGGAAGGGGAGCUGAAAAUCAGUGCUGUGUUUUCAGUCAGCGGCAGUCCUCUUGCUCCACAGCUGUCAUCAGGUUUCCAGCCUGCUGUGGCAUCUUCUGGCAUGAGUAAAAUGCUUCCUUCAGUUCCAGGCACAGCUGUUCGGGUUUCCUGUUCUGGCUGUAAAAAAAUCCUCCAGAAGGGGCAAACUGCAUACCAGAGGAAAGGCUCUACCCAGCUCUUCUGCUCCACACUGUGCCUCACUGGAUACACUGUUCCAGCUUGUCGCCCACCAGCUUCUACCAAGAAAACCUGCUCGAGCUGCUCGAAAGAAAUUCUAAAUCCAAAGGAUGUGAUCACUGCCCAGUUUGACAACACAAAUUUCAGUAAGGAUUUCUGCAGCCAGUCGUGUCUUUCUACGUAUGAAAUGAAAAGGAAACCUAUUAUCACUAUUCACACUAACAGCAUUUCAACCAAGUGCAGCAUGUGCCAGAAGAAUGCAGUGAUCAGACAUGAAGUGAAUUACCAGAACGUUGUACACAAGCUCUGCAGUGAUGCCUGCUUCUCCAAGUUCCGCUCUGCUAAUAACCUGACCAUGAACUGCUGUGAGAACUGUGGAGGUUACUGCUACAGUGGGUCUGGGCAGUGUCGCAUGCUGCAGAUAGAGGGACAGUCAAGAAAGUUUUGCAGUUCAACGUGUGUGACGCUGUACAAGCAGAAGUCUGCUAAAAUUACUCCUUGUGCACUGUGUAAAUCCUUGAGAUCUUCAGCUGAGAUGAUAGAGAGCACAAAUAACUCGGGAAAGACUGAACUGUUAUGCUCUGUUAACUGCUUGUCAGCGUAUAGAGUAAAAAUGGUUACUUCGUCAGGUGUUCAAGUUCAGUGCAACAGCUGUAAAACUUCAGCCAACCCUCAGUAUCACUUGGCUAUGUCAGAUGGGAGCGUACGCAAUUUCUGCAGCUACAACUGUGUGGUAGCUUUUCAGAAUUUGUUCAACAAACCUGCAGGAGUGAACUCAGUCGUACCCCUGUCGCAAGGUCAAGUCAUCGUAAGCAUUCCCUCGGGGACAACGGUAUCAGCAGGUGGCACCACCUCCACUGCAUCUCCCAGCUCCGGGAGCAGUUCAGCUGCAGCUGGUCUACAGAGGCUGGCUGCCCAGUCCCAGCAAGUCACUUUUGCCCGCAAGGUUGUAAAACUCUGGUGUCAGCACUGUAACAGAUUAUUUGCGACCAAGCCAGAACUGCUUGAAUUCAAGGGUAAAAUGUUCCAGUUUUGUGGGAAGACCUGCUGUGAGGAAUAUAAGAAGAGGAGGAAUGUAACAGCACUGUGUGAAUAUUGCAGAACUGAGAAAAUUAUCAAGGAAACAGUGCGAAUUGCAGGCAUAGAUAAGCAUUUCUGUAGUGAAGGUUGUAAACUGCUCUAUAAACAUGACUUGACUAAGCGCUGGGGAAACCACUGUAAAAUGUGCAGUUACUGUUUGCAGACUUCCCCCAAACUGGUCCAGAAUCUCUUUGGGGCGAAAAUGGAGGAAUUCUGUUCAGAAGAGUGCAUGUCUAAAUUCACAGUUCUGUUUUACCAGAUGGAAAAGUGUGAUGGCUGUAAAAGACAAGGUAAACUCAGCGAGUCCCUGAAAUGGCAAGGAGAGAUGAAGCAUUUUUGCAAUCUGCUUUGCAUUCUGAUGUUCUGUAAGCAGCAACACCCUUCUGACCCUCCAGCCUCAAACAACACAGCAACGCCCCCUUCUACAGCACCAGCUUCCUCAUCAGGCCCACCUUCUUUGAGGAAGGACUCAACCCCAGUCAUAGCAAAUGUGGUGUCCCUUGCAAGCACCCCUGCAGCCCAGCCUACGGUUAACUCCAACAAUGUCUUACAGGGUGCAGUCCCUACCGUGACAGCAAAAAUAAUAGGAGAUGCCAGUACUCAGACAGAUGCCCUAAAACUGCCAUCUUCACAGCCACCUAGGCUCCUAAAAAACAAAGCAUUGUUGUGCAAGCCAAUCACACAGACUAAGGCCACGUCAUGCAAACCUCAUACACAAAAUAAAGAAUGCCAGACAGCAGAAGAAGAAGAAGUUGAACCCAAAAUCAUUGUGGUACCUGUUCCUGUACCAGUGUUUGUGCCAGUACCCCUUCACCUCUACACUCAGUACACACCAGUUCCACUUGGAAUGCCAGUACCUGUACCCGUUCCCAUGUUUUUCCCAACUACUUUGGACAAUGCUGAUAAGAUCCUUGAAACAAUUCAGGAUAUCAAAGAAAAGGUUCCCAUAAGUCCAUUUGAAGCAGAUCUCCUUCAGAUGGCAGAAAUGAUUGCAGAAGAUGAGGACAAAGACAAAACACACUCUCAUGGUGGCUCUCAAACGUCUGAGCAUGAACUUUUUCUGGACCCCAAGAUGUUUGAGAAAGACCAAGGUAGCACUUACAGUGGAGAUCUAGAAUCAGAAGCAGUGUCCACUCCACACAGCUGGGAAGAAGAGUUAAAUCACUAUGCCUUACGAUCCAAUGCCCUGCCAGAACCAGAACCAGAACCGAAGCAGGUCUCCAAAGGUGAAGUGGAACAGGACCUGGAGGCAGACUUUCCAUCAGACUCAUUUGACCCUCUCAGUAAGGGACUGGGUUUGCAUUCACGUUCACGAGCAAGACGGAGGCACAGAGAUGGCUUCCCCCAGCCAAAAAGACGGGGACGAAAGAAGUCUGUAGUUGCUGUAGAGCCCCGCAAUCUGAUGCAGGGCUCCUACCCGGGGUGCUCUGUUUCUGGGAUGACCCUAAAGUAUAUGUAUGGGGUAAAUGCCUGGAAGAACUGGGUCCAAUGGAAAAAUGCACAGGAGGAACAAGGGGACCUGAAGUUUUCAGUUCGUCCUGUGAAGCUCAAGGAGGACAUUCUCUCGUGCACUUUUGCUGAGCUGAGUUUUGGCCUGUGCCAGUUUAUUCAAGAGGUGCGGAGACCGAAUGGAGAAAAAUAUGAUCCCGACAGCAUCUUAUACUUGUGCCUUGGAAUUCAGCAGUACCUGUUUGAGAAUGGUAGAAUAGAUAACAUUUUUACCGAGCCCUAUUCCAGGUUUAUGAUUGAACUUACAAAACUUUUGAAAAUCUGGGAACCUACAAUUCUUCCAAAUGGUUAUAUGUUCUCAAGAAUAGAAGAGGAACACUUGUGGGAGUGCAAACAGCUGGGUGCAUAUUCCCCCAUAGUUCUACUGAACACACUGCUAUUCUUCAACACCAAAUACUUUCAACUAAAGAAUGUCAGUGAGCACCUGAAGCUGUCCUUUGCCCACGUCAUGAGGCGGACCCGGACUCUGAAGUAUAAUACUAAGACAACAUAUUUACGUUUUUUCCCACCCUUUCAAAAACAAGAGGUAGAAUCAGAUAAAUUGUCUGUAGGCAAAAGGAAACGUGGAGAAGAUGAAGAGAUUUCAACAGCAGUGGAAAUGGCUGAAAAUGCAGAUAAUCCCCUGAGGUGUCCAGUGCGACUUUAUGAAUUUUACUUGUCAAAGUGUUCUGAAAGCGUGAAGCAAAGAAGUGAUGUAUUUUACCUUCAGCCUGAGCGCUCCUGUGUCCCCAACAGCCCCAUGUGGUAUUCCACAUUGCCAAUAGACCCAGGAACUUUGGACAUCAUGUUAACUCGCAUUCUUAUGGUGAGGGAGGUACACGAAGAACUUGCCAAAGUCAAAUCAGAAGACUCUGAUAUCGAGUUAUCAGACUAAACGAAGUGGGUUGUUUUCCUUUGAAUACGGCAGAAGCACCAAACUGUGAAUACGUCCAGCUUUUGGAAAAAAAUGUGUAUUAAAUAAGCCAAGAUCGUGUCACCUCCGGGCAUAUUUGGAACCACAGCGGAUGUACAGACUGGAACUGGAAGGAGACGAGCUCCAUAGGCUGCGAGAAACACCGUCCUGCGGCAGGCAGCGCUAAAUGCUCUGAACAAACUCAAGUUGAACUAACCUGUUUGAGUGGUGCAGAAAUCCUUUAUCUGUGUAGGGUUUAAAAAAGAAAAAAAAAAAAGAAAAAAAAAAUUGAUUUUUUUUUUUUUUAAAGGAAAAUGGUCGUGGAACAUCUACCAUAAUGAUAAUGGUACCAGGCUGCGGCUCAUGUGACCUCUCAGCCUGCUGGCUGGCAGUCCUUGCUGCCAAAGGACACGUGGAGACCUCGGAGGUCUUCAUGAGGACAGGAGAGAAGAUGGUGACAUUGAGACAACCAGACGACUUCCGUUAUAAAUACCAAUAUGCUUUUAUAAUGUUUUUUAAAGCCGGGAUCAAACGCUGGGGAGGCAGAGGCCGUGGGCACAGCUGCAGGGACCUGUGUGGCUGCUGUCGGUCGGUGCCAGCCUUGCUCUCAGCCCAGGGCAGCAGCUCUCCCCAGCGCUGUGCAGGAGUGAUGUGGGUCAAACUUGAGAGCGAUCACUUUGGGGUUCAUUGUGGGAGGGGACAGUCCUGGGCUGUGUGCAGAGAAUCCCUUUCCUGGUGCAGUAGCUCUGCAGCCUGUCGAUUCUAAUCUAGCAAAUACUGAGGUGUGUGGACGUUCAUUUUUUCCCUCGAGGCAGCUUUCCUUUCUCCUCUUUUCCCCUCUCUGGUUUGGGUUAUUUCAGAGGGCAAACCCAGAGGGCCUUGUUGUUUCUCUCCCCCACCUUUGCAGUGUGUGCAGUGUUGUCCAAAGGUCACAGUAUUACUUCUAACAACAGAACUAGGGCUCCUGCAAGCAUCAUUGUCCCAGCCAUACAUACAUAAAGAGAUGUAGGGGUGAUGGUGGGAAGUCUUUCUUGGCUCUCAUUGCAGAGCUCCCAUGUUGUGCUGAGAGGAGACAGGACUGUCAGGCACUGCCUGUACCUCCAUCCAUAGCUGUGUGUUUCUGAUGUAGCGACCACAGAUCCAUUGGAAACCCAAACUGUUUUAUAAAGAGAACCAUAUGGUUUUUAUCUAGGCCUGGUCCGGCUUCAGUAACAAGAGUCUGCAAUUCGAUCUUAUCACUACAAUUUCAAGUGAUGAUAAAUCAACAGCCUUUAACUAAGGGGUUUUUUUGUUGUUGUUGUUUUGUUGGUUGUUUCGGUUGGGUUUUUCUUUUUUUAAUUAUUUUUUUUUUAGCAGUAACGAAAGUAAUUUAACACCAAAAGAAAUAAAAGCAGAACGUAGCCCGUUGCCGUUGUGUCCUCGCUAGUCCCGUCCCUGUAACAGUUCUCACUCAUGUAUUUUCUUUUAAUACAGAAAACGAUGUGAAAUGUGAAGCCCCCCCUGUGCUCCCAGCCCACCCAUGUGUAUGUGUGUGUGUUGCUUUUACUUUUCCAGGUACUUCGAAUGGAAAGGAUUUGCCCUCUGGAAGCGGGGCUGGCUGAAGGCAGUUGUAAUAACCCCUUUAUUUCAUGGCUUUGAGGCAGACAGGGUUGGACGCGGCGCCGUUGGGUGGUGCAAGGAUCAGAUUAAAUGCUUUCGGUUUCUAUUCCUCACUGAGCUCCUCCUGGAUGCUGAGCUGAGACUCACAGCCACACACUGAUCCCUUUAUGGGCACAGGGGAGUGAAGUGUGGAGAUAGAUAAGGGACACAGUGCUGGAACUCUGAGCGCUUAGAUAAGGUUGUUAGGGAUACAGAGGGAGCUGAAUCAUCUGCCAGCCGUGCAGCGCUGCGUAUUAAUCAGUGUCAUCUAUUAAGGGAGAGAAAUGUUGUGUUGAAACAGUGCUGGUGGGGGGGUCUUCCUCCAUGUGGGUGCCUCCCAUUGCUGACACAGUGGAUGUGGCAGCACACAGAGGUGAUGCUGUGGCUGUUGGCUGGGGAGGAGGCUGAGGGCAGCCCUCAGGGUGUUGCUGUAGGGAAUUGCAGUUCAGGGGCUGUUCAUUCUGUGCUCACAUAGAGCUGCUCAGUGUGGUGUCCAUUAGGUGGAGGAGCCUGGAGGUGCUCAGUGUCACUGCGAGGUGCAGAAGGCAGCUCAGUUAUGAUCGGAAUUGCUCUGCCAGCGUGAUAAGGACUGAUGUGAAGGAAGGCUCUGGGUUUCUCUGGCUGCAGCCUCCAGCCAAGCGAUGUGAAGGGGCAGUGGAACCCCCAUGUGUUCCCUGCUGGAGGUUAUGAGUCACUUGCAGCUUAAGGAGGGCAUCUAUCACAGCUACACGAAGCAUCAAACACCAAAUCUCCACCUGCCCCCCCUCCAACGUGCCCAGAUGUGCUCAGCUGGGGGAGCCCCUCACCCCUUCACUCCCAAUUUAUCUGUAAGGCAACAAACCCAGCACUCAGAAAGGUCUCUGAGCAUCAGGAGGGGCUCCUCCCUUUGGUCCAGGGGUCGGUAGGACCACUCUUCUCCCCCCUACAACCCAAGGCCCGGUGUGCUCUCACUGCUGUUGUAUAUGGGUGAUGCCCCCCCCCAUGUGCUCCUUUGUUCCUCUGUUACCUCGGUUGCACCCCUCUGUAAAUUGGCCAGACUUUUCCUACCUCGUUCGGGCAUUAUGAGGCUAAAUUGUGUAAGGAUGCUUUGCAGCCCCCGUGAUGAAAGGUGCUAUAUGGCUGCAAAGCAUUGACUUCAAAAGACUCAAAUAGGUGACGCCAGUGCAUCGUAAUCUAUAUGAAAAGAAUAAAAGACUUCUUUUUUUUUUCUUAUCUGAGAAUUUAUAGAGUUCAAUGUAUGGUAUUAAGAAGUGAAUUCCUGAGAUUUCCCCCCCCCCUCGAAAUAGUUUUUGUUGGAAUCGUAUCUGUAUUCUGCAAAAAGUGAUUAAAAACCUUUAACCUCGA